AUUGCAUGUCCUGUCCCUUUGCACGCUAGGUGUUGUAAGCUUGCUGCUGCUUCGUUUAUUCCUGUUAUAGUAACUAGACAUUCCGUGCCAUCAUGAAGCAAGAAUUCAAACUCAGAAAUUAUAGACUUGACUACCCGGAUAUUAGCGUGUUUACAACCUCACCGUGGUGUUCACCGCUAAUCUUUAUUGUAUAUCGCUGUGUAAUGGCUCUUUACACGACAAUCUGGUCGAUCCUGGGAGUUAUCCUACGGCUGAAUGAUGGCGCCAAAUGGUUAAUUUUCCUAACGAACUGGAGCUAUACAUUCCUCAAUGUCCAUUUUAUAAUCUCCUUCAUCCUUUCUGCCUACUACCACUACGUUUACACUAAACGACGAGUUCUCGCAUGUGAUCAAAACGCCAAUGAAGAACCGGACAAACAGGAAAUGCAAGAAAUAGAGGGACAACUUCAAAACGACGGAAAUCCUGACAAACCUGAUUCUAAGUUGAGACAUCCCCGGAUGUUAAUUUUGACCUGCAAAGCAUCAUGGGCAAUAUAUAACGUUGCUGCUAACAUUGCGUUUUUAGUGACGGCCAUGUACUGGGCCUUUGACUAUGUCCCAGGCCAAUACGUGGAUGGAUCAAACGCUAAUGCGCAUGCGGUGAACAGCGUUCUAGUCAUAAUCGACGUCAUGGUGUGUAACGUACCGUUUCGUAUUUUUCACUUGAUAUACCCGUUGAUUUACGGAAUCGUGUACACGUCAUUCACAGUUAUCUACUGGGCUGCUGGAGGGACCAAUCACAAAGGGAAAAGCUACAUCUACGCCAUAUUGGAUUAUGAAAACAACGCAGGAUUAGCAUUCCUAAUGGCCGCCAUGUUUGUUUUUCUUGCCGUGCCCAUAUCCCAGUUCUUGGUUUACUGUUUGUAUAGAAUUAGAGUGUGGAUUGUCAAAAAACGACAAUUGUCUGCGCGGAACGAUCUUCAGAAGAUCUGAAUUAAGAUCAACAUGUCAUGGACAAAUUCUAAUCCCUGAUAUUUGAACACAGGGAGCUGUCACUCUAAAGAACUGGACCAUUUUUGCAUUCAUAUAUCGAACUCGAUUACAUUAGACAUAAAACCGCACUCAAUCAUUCACUCCUUUAAAAGCCUUUGCCUUCUCCUUUACGUAAGUUGAUCUUACCUAGUGUACUAUUUCGAGAUUCUUUCUUACUUUUCACUUCCUACCUUUUCAAUCUCAACAACAGUCCCUUUCCCUCAGUAAAUUGGCAUGGGAGACGAGGGUGGCUCCCUUCUCUCAUUCUGUUUUCUUUAAUCACUCAUUCAUUCGUUCAACUUUCAUUUAUGUUUGUAAAAAUAAACUAUUUCUAUAUUUUAAUUUUCUAUAAAGCUUUUACGCUGCGAGGAGAGUGUUAUUAACCCUACAUGACAUGAAAACACUCUUCUCGUAGGGUACUAUACAGAUUUAAUCCCUUCUCCUGUAGGUUAAUAGAAAACAAUGUGUUGUUUAUAUCAUUGACAUAAUUGUUCACAGAAAUAAAGUAAAAAAAACGUUUAAUGUUC